UCCAUUCAGGAUAGCCAGUUUUGCGCCUCCCAAAAGAAAAAAAACAACUGUUUGGUCUUGAAGGAUUGUUGUACCCCAUGUUAUCUUAAUUGUUGGCGUGUCAAUAUUGGGUAAGACAUCUCUACCCAAAAAUAUAUUCUGAUUAAGUGAUAAGAUCAUAGUUUUUGGUUUUUCUUUUACCUGAUCCUGGCAUACCAACAAUUGAGAUAACAUCUAGGUUUGACAAUCUUUUGAUUAUUUAUUUUAUAUUUGCAUACAUGGGUUGUUGUUAGUCUAUACUUGAACAAAAGUAUUGUUGGGUAAGACAUGAUAGAGGGGAUUGAGUAUAUUUUUUGGUUUUAUACUUAGUUCAGGCAUGCCAACUAUUGAAAUGGCGUCUAGGUUUGACGAUACAUUAAGUAGUUGAUCUCCAGUAUGAGCACUGUGGCAGGAUCUGUCUUAUCAAUAGAAGUUUGUGUUCUAGUAUCUUUACUCUGAACAAUAAAGAUAGAACAUGUCAAGUGCCUUGGCUAAUGGGCUGGCCGGAGCUGGUGGAGGCUUAAUUGCACAAAUAAUUACUUAUCCCCUCCAAACGGUCAAUACUCGGCAGCAAACUGAGAGGGUCGCGAGAAAGGGUUGCGAUUCUCGUGGCAGUGCUCUGUUUCAAAUCCUGCAGGUGGUUAGAAGUGAAGGGUUGUUGGGUCUUUAUAGCGGCCUAAAGCCUUCACUUCUUGGAACUGCCAUGUCGCAAGGUGUGUACUAUUAUUUUUACCAGGUUUUCAAGAACAGAGCUGAGGCUAUAGCAUUCGCAAAUAAGAAAAGAGGCCGAGGGGACGGUUCUGUUGGGAUGCUUUCUUGGCUUGUUGUGGCAGGUCUUGCUGGUUCACUAAAUGUAUUGCUGACAAUUCCUAUAUGGGUUCUCGUUACUCGUAUGCAAACUCAUACACAAGCCGAAAAGAAUGUCAUGGAGGCAAAAAGGGAGACCCUAUUAAAGAAAGCUUCUCAAAAUGUAUUGUCAGCUUCUGCCUUGGAAGCAAAACUAGCCGAGCUUGAUUCAGUAAAACCUCUUCCCUACGGAACAUUGCAAGCAGCACGAGAGGUUUAUAAUGAAUCAGGAGUUAGAGGAUUCUGGAAAGGAGUUAUCCCAUCAUUAAUCAUGGUGUCUAAUCCCUCGAUUCAGUUCAUGAUUUAUGAGAGCUUGUCAAAGCAGUUAAGGACUAAACGUACUGUAAAGAAAAAUAUAACUGCUUUGGAGGUUUUUGUAAUUGGAGCCUUAGCUAAACUUGGAGCAACUGUUUGCACAUAUCCUUUGUUGGUUGUGAAGUCGAGGCUUCAAGCAAAGCAGGAGAUCAGUGGAAAUGUGUCAUUAAGAUAUUCGGGUACAUUUGAUGCUAUUAUUAAGAUGAUUCGUUAUGAAGGAUUCGGAAGCUUCUAUCAGGGAAUGCGAACAAAGAUUGUGCAGAGCGUCUUUGCAGCCUCCGUACUUUUCAUGUUGAAGGAAGAGCUCGUCAAAGUCUAUGCCAUUUUGGCUAGCAGCAAAAGCAAGGCUAAUGUAUAGCUUGCAGUCAUUAAGUGACUGUAAAUCACUUUGCUGCAUAAUGGUUAAUGACUGUACUGUAUUCAAGUUAUGUGGGUGAAAUAUCUAAUAUAUUCUCUAGGAAAAAGCCACUGUUCAGAUUAAUAUUCUCAAUAAAGCACCUUGAAAUGAAAAAGUAGCUCAGGUGAAGACUAUUAUUUGUUAA